CUGGACUCUUGGCAACCCCGAUUAAGACCGCUUCUCGCGCUCUCCCUGCGAUACUUCCUCCUUGCUCGACUCUCGCCCUCAAUCUCGCCAGCAUAGACGCGUAACAUUCAGGAUCAACAUGCGCUCUCCGAUCUCUAGCACUCACUACCGGCUCGCGUCUGACGAUGAUGUGGUCUUGCCCUUCCUUGCAUCCGCCAACUCGAAUGCAACGCUCUACGACGCGUCCGCAAGUCCUGGCGGCUACUUCACCUACACUCUGCCCGCCCAGGAUGGCCAUCAACGCUCAGACAGCGAUAUGUCGAUUGUAUGCGACGGAACCCGACCAUCCUCCUCCUGCAGCUCGCCUCGCCAAAAAAGAUACUCAGGCGCGCCAAGACGUAGCCUCAGCUGUCCUUCAUCUCCGUCCCAAAACAGGACUGUCAGAAGACCUUCUUCGCCGCGCUCCGAGGUCUCCAUCCCGGAAGUCGACCCUUUUGAUCAGUCAUUCGCGCAGGCGCUGGAACCCACACGCAACGUGUCCUAUCAUCUGUCGCCCAAGAACCACCUGCUCGACGCGGACGACAUCGAUGACGCAGAAAUCGAAGAAUUGCCCUCGCCUGCUCUGACGCCCUCCUCGUGCUACAACCUGCUCGGACACCUGCACUGCGCGCGCUUCUCUGAGAAUCACCGACUUAACGCUCAUUUCGUUCACGAGUACCAACUGGAGGACGAACUUGGCUCGGGCGGCUACGGCUUCGUCAUGACUGCUCGGCAUCGAAAGCGCGGAGAAGAGGUCGCCGUCAAGUUCAUCAUCAAGAGCAAGGUCCCGUCCUACGCGUGGAUGCAGCACGAAGAGGUCGGGCAGCUGCCGACGGAGGUCAUGUUGCUGUGCUUCCUCGAUCACCCCAACAUUGUCAAGUGCAAGGAUCUCUUUGAGGAUUCACUCUACUACUACCUGGUACAGGAACUGCAUGGUUCUCCUUGGCAGAAGGAAACUCGACUGUGUGCCCGCUCAUCUCCUAAGGCGUCUGCGACUUUAUCGCCCCUCCCCGGCCUCUGCGCGUCUUCCUCGCACGACUCGAUCCCCAGCUCGUCGAGCAGCUCUCCCGCCACCCCUUUCCAGUCCACCAUGGACCUCGCUUCUGUUGCGCUUCUGCAGGAACCCCCUCCCUUUAGCCCAGAGACGAAGGAUGAUAAGACCGAGGAAGUCAUCCUGAUCCCCGAUCCUCACCUGCUGCAGCCUGCGCGUCCCACCCAACGCCGUCGACCAUCACACGACCUCUUCGAGUGCAUAGAGUCGUCUAAGCAUAAGCGGCUGCCUGAGGAUCGCGCGCGAUACGUGUUCGCUCAGGUCGUCGACGCAGUGCACUACUUGGAUAGCCAAGGAGUCGCGCACCGGGACAUUAAGGACGAGAACAUCCUCAUUGACAGCGAGUAUCGGGUCAAGCUCGUCGACUUCGGAAGCGCGUCCGUCAUCGACCCCUCCCAGCCCCGCCCUUUCUACUCUCAGUUCUACGGCACCACGGCGUACGCUGCGUCAGAGAUUCUGAAGAAGCAGAAAUACCAGGCCGCGCCGGCGGAGGUUUGGACCCUCGGUGUCCUCCUCUCGUUCCUCCUCACUGGGAACUCACCCUUCCCUACCGUGAAGGAGGCGGUGGAGGGGGAGAUACGCCUGGUCGACGUGCCGGGGUUGACGCUGGGCGAGGAUGUGAGGGACCUGUUGCGUCGGUGCUUGGACCCGGAUCCGAAGACGCGGGCGACGAUUGCGGAUGUGAAGGCGCAUCCGUGGGUGACGGGGGAGCAGGACAUAUCGACUGCGUAAUCGCGAGGCGGUCGACUUGAAGGUGGAGGUGAUGGCGGAGGUGCAGGUGGGGGUGAAGGCGGAAGUGGUGGAUGGAGUGAGUUGUCCGCGGCUGCUGCGUAUCUUUCCCUUUUUUCUUUUCUGCUUCACCCUUUUCUCGUCGCUUCCCUUUUACAUUACAUCGUCCCCCUUUACAUUCCAUGUAUAUAUACUCUUGCAUACCGACAUCAUUGGACCGUCCCGCGUCGUAGAUACCCUCAUACCUUACCUGGAUUCACCUAAGUUCUCUCAAGCCCGUUAGAAGGGCCUUUACAAUACUUUCAAACUGUACCUUUAUACUACACUCUGCGUAGACCAUGUCGUGUACGGCGUCAGACCACCGGAGGGAGUGUUUUCAAGUAGAAAAAAAUGGACAGAGUAGCGAUACAAAAGAAGCACGCGC